GGGCUUCAGGUUUAUGUUUUCCCAGUAGAGUUAUAUAUUUCGAAAGCCACUAGGGAAACUAAACCCUAGUUCUGCGAUAAGAGAAGAUGGCGGAUGCCGGCGGCGAUCCGUCUUCCGGCGGGAGCUUGGGAGGGAAAGUUGUGUCUUUGAAGGAUCAAGGGAACGAUUUCUUCAAAUCUGGUAACUACUUAAAGGCGGCCGCCCUCUAUACGCAGGCCAUCAAGUUGGAACCAGACAAUCCUACCCUUUACAGUAAUCGUGCUGCAGCAUUUCUCCAUUUGGUCAAGCUUAGUAAAGCACUUGCUGAUGCUGAGAUGACCAUCACUCUUAACCCCCAAUGGGAGAAGGGUUAUUUCAGGAAAGGAUGUGCUUUAGAGGCAAUGGAGCGAUUUGACGAUGCAAUAGCUGCCUUUCAGGUGGCUCUGCAACACAAUCCCCAGAACAUGGAAAUAUCAAAGAAAAUAAAGAGACUCACACAAUUAGCUAGAGAAAAUAAGCGAGUAUUGGAAGUUCAAAAUAUCCGUUCGAGUGUUAACAUGACCAAGUUUCUGGAACCCCUGAAACCUGAAUUUUCUGCAGCGUUCCCAAUUGAGGGUGUAUGGAAAGAUAUCUUCUCUUUCCUAGUUGAAGUAAUGGAUUCAGCAAUUAAGGGAUGGCAUGAAACUGGUAGGGUGGAUCCUAGGGUCAAUUUCCUUCUUGAUAAGCAGAAGAGUCAGACUGAUAAGUAUGCUCCGGUUGUCAAUAUUGAUAAGGCCUUUGAAUCUCCUGACACACAUAGCAGUUGUUUCUCAUUUUUGAGGCAGUAUGCAGAGGAUUCCUUCUCUAGGGCUGCUUGCGUGAUUGCACCAAAGAGUAUUAUGUCCUAUCCACAAGUCUGGAAAGGGCAAGGUUCUAGGAAAUGGAAGCUUGGCCAAAAUGAUGGCUUCUUUGUGCAGUUUGAGUCACCUCUUCUGCGCAAAUUAUGGUUUGUUCCUAGUUCUACCGAGGGAAGCCAAACUUUGUGCAGGAAUCCAGAGGUUUUGGAUAUCAGUGCUCAUGAAGUGCUUCCUCGCAUUUUCAAAGAGUCCAAUCAAGACGUUUUGUAAAGAAGCAUCUACCUUUUAGGUCUCAUGCUGUUGUGAUGACGGUAUCUCUCUGCUUUUCAUUGUGUGGAUUGGGACAAACUUGAUUGCAGAUUAGUGCGCAACUUUUUGGUACCUCAAUUUUGCCAACGAACUACUCGAAAGAUUUUGUGACCUUUUGUUGUAUUAUCGAUGCUCAUGCGUGUGUACAAUUUCGUCACAUUUCAUUACAUUUUCAACUAAACAUGCAUGUUUUUUUUAAUACUAUGAUCGUUUAUAUCAUUUAUGCAAAA